AUGAAUUUGCUUCUUUAUUUUUUAUUUUUGUAUGCAACAUUUUGGAUGGGAAGCUUAGGAAAAGUAUUUAGUGAUAUGUCAAUAAAACCAAUGCACUUAAGGAAAAUAAAAAGUAAGAAUGAUAUACAUGAAGAUAACUAUUAUGCUAUAGAUGAUGUAUAUUAUGUGGAGGAUACAAUGUCCAAACUAGAAAGCGAUAUAAACAAUAGAAAUAAAGAAGAUAAUAUAAUUGAUCACAAUGAUCGUGUAAAAAUAAAUAAUUUGAGCAAAUUGAAUAAUACAAAUAUCUUUAAAAGUAUGAACAAAUUAUUAUAUGAAAGUAAACCUAAUGAUAAAUCUUUAAAUAAACAGAUAACAAAAAUUUUAAACAUCAUUUUAAACACACCAAAAAAUGAAACGAUAAAUAUAAAGGAUAUUAAUUCUUUGCUCAAAAAAUGGAAGGAUAUCAAUAAAAUAAAGCAAAAUAGAAGCAAGUUAAAUAAUAAUGAGAAGAAGAAUUUAAUAAAUUUACAUAAUUUUAAUAAAAAUACCAAAGUAAGUGACAAAUUUAAUACUUUUGAUGAAUUAGAAGAAUUAAGUAACAAAGAUAAUAUAAACGAAGAUAUCCCAAAAAGUGAUUUUAUAAAUAUUCAUUAUUUAUUAGAAUUAACACAUUGA